AUGUCGGUGUCCCUGUCCUCCCUCCCGGCGGUGCUGAGGGAGAGGAGCUGCUUCCAGGCCUCCAUAAUGAAGGGCUACCCUCUCCAUCACCCCCAUCACCCUCCCCCCCACUACAUGGACUUCUUUCAGCACAACCUCCUCCACCCGCUGAAGUCUCUGGGCCGCCUGGUGUCCGACUCCCUGCAGGGAGGAGGACCCCCACCUUUCCACCUGCAGGAGCACAUCUUCUCCUCCUCCUCCUACCUGACUUCAGCCCCCAUGUCCUCAGACAUCUGCAGCCCGGUCAGUGAGAGCCUCUCCUCUUCCUCCUCAUCCUCGUCCUCUCCACCCAAAGACACCCUCCUCCGGCCCCGCAGUGCAGAAAUGCCCAGGGAGAACCGGGGCUCCUUUAACUUCAGCGAGGAGCAGCUCUUCAUGGUGCUGUACGGAUACUCCGGGGGUCCAGAGAGGAGCGGGGGCCACGCCAUCUCCGGACUCACCCUGCCCGAGAAGACCGUUUCUGACUUCCACAUCCUCCCACUGGACAAAGACACCCUCGAGCUUCCAGAAGGGCUGACCCUGGUGCAAGCGGCCUGGGGAGACGUGUCCCACUGUGGUGUGUUCACUGACAGCAGCAGCAUCCCCAAGGGGACAAGGUUCGGACCCUUCAGAGGGAAACUGGUGAACACCAGCGAGAUCAAAACGUACGACGACAACACGCUGAUGUGGGAGGUGUUUGAGAACGGCCGGCUGAGUCACUUUGUGGACGGCCGGGGGGGCUCGGGGAACUGGAUGUCCCUGGUGAAGUGUGCUCGGUUCCCGGAGGAGCAGAACCUGACGGCGGUGCAGGUCCAGGGUCAGAUCUUCUACGAGGCCUGCAAAGAGAUCCGGCCCGGGCAGGAGCUGCUGGUCUGGUACGGAGACUGCUACAUGCAGUUCCUCGGAAUCCCCCUCACCCUGAAGGACCCCCGAAAUGAUGGCAACAGCCCCGUGGAACCCCCCUCUGAAGAUUCUGGGGAGGGGUUCAAGUGCGACCGCUGUGGGAAGGUGUUUGCCUACAAGUACUACAGAGACAAGCACCUGAAGUACACCCGCUGCGUGGACCAGGGCGACAGGAAGUUCCCCUGCCACCUCUGCAGCAGGUCCUUCGAGAAGAGGGACCGGCUGAGGAUCCACAUCCUGCACGUGCACGAGAAACACCGGCCUCACAAGUGCUCGGUGUGUGGGAAGAGCUUCUCCCAGUCCUCCAGUCUCAACAAACACAUGAGGGUUCACUCCGGAGAGAGACCCUACAAGUGUGUGUACUGCAACAAGGCCUUCACUGCCUCCUCCAUCCUGCGCACACACAUCCGGCAGCACUCCGGGGAGCGGCCCUUCAAGUGCGCGCACUGCGGGAAGGCCUUCGCCUCGCACGCGGCUCACGACAGCCACGUACGGCGGACUCACGCGAAAGACAAGCCCCCCCCCUGCGAGCUGUGCGGGGCCAACUUCCAGGAGGAGAAGGAGCUCAAGCUCCACAUGAAGAGCCACCAUGACAGACCGGUCCUGCCCAGCACUGCUCUUCCCAUUUCUCCGGACACUGGACAUCUGGAGAAGGAAAAUCCCAAAUCACAGAAGACGUUUCCUCACAGCGGGAUCACGGUUUUAAAUCAGGAAUACCGGCCCUGGAAUUAGUCUGGGGUGUGUACUACCACAGAAACCACAGGCACUGAGAGAGAGAUGAAUCGGAGGUUUUUCUAAAUGUAAAUGCUGCUUAAAAAUAAAAAAGCUCUAUAAUGAAAGGUCUAUUUAAAUAGGCUCCUCUUAAUGUCUACAUCUAUUUAAUAUAUGUUGUUGUCUGUUGGUCUUUACUCUGCUGUUGUUUUAAUAAUAACAACCAUUAUUUAAUUAUUAUUACUUGGGUUUUUUCCUGCUUCGACAAACGCUUGAAAAGCAAAGCUAUUUUUA